ACUCAAAUUGUGUUGAACAUCACCCUGGGGAGGGAAACAGAUGAAGUUUAGCAUAUAAGGAAAGUUAUCCAGGGAAGCAGAGUGGAUAAGAGAAGGGGAAGAGAAAGGAAAAGAGACUGAAGAUAAAUAAGUGAUGGGAAGCUGCACUCCUCUUACUCCAUCAAGAUAAGGACAUCUUGGUAAGCCCUGUGCCUCACCUCUUUGUAAAGAAUAACUGGGAUGGCAUGUAUUUUUGCUAGCACUUACUAUAUCGGUGCUGUUGCAGCUAGUGCUUUUAUCAGGGGCUGUCCCAAACCUGCUAUGUCUGUCACUUCAACAAAUCAUCUGUUCUUCUGAAAUAUCAGUUAAUUUGUCCACUGAAAGUUCUGGCAGUCAAUGUUAAAACUAGAUUUGUAGCGCACCAAGGCACCCAUUGACAAUGUCAAUAUUUAGCCUUCUCAGAAAUGAAGGCACUUUCUCGACUUGGGUAUUAUUACAAAGUAUUUAUGUUACGUCCUGGCCUGACACUGCCUUUACAUUUGACUUCGACUGGAGUCAGUGUUAUUAAGCCAUAAAUGAACAUCUAGUGCCUACUAAUUUUAUAGAAUAUAUUGCAUUACAAGACACAUAAGUAAGUUUCAACUCUGUAUUUUAUCUGCUGUCAUUGUUUUUCUUUUACAACACGUAAUAUACACAUCCUCAAAGAUCUAUACAUAAUUCUCAGAAUGUGUGAAAUAGCUUACCUAAAACUACUCCAAACUUAAUGAAUUCACAUUCUUUUUCUAGCUCCGGCUGUUGUCUAUUCCAACUUUUUAAAUGAACAAUAGCCUUCUUAUUAAGAAGAUAGUACUGUUCCAUAACAGUCAGAGAAUCAUUUAGGUUGGUUGAAUUAUAAUGUGUGUAUGAACCACUGGGAGAUUUUGCUGCAGGUCUGAAGCUACCUGUGUCAAGUUGUGGGAUGAAGAAAAAAUGGUGAUUUCUACUGUAACAGUACAGAACCAGGUUAGGAAGAACAGUAAAAACACUGCCAAAGUUCUUUUCUCUUGAGGAUCUGCCAUCCAAGGUUUCCUUUUUGUCAGCUGUGCAGCAGUUCUUGGUGAGUGGCCUCUGGCAGGUGAAAAUAGUCCAUUUCUUCAAAAUGUUCCAGAUGAAUUCUGAUGAUCUUUUUCACGCUCUCACACAUUACACUGCCAUUAGGGAUCUUCCUCCCAUUUAGGGACACAGUGUUGCUUCCUGUUGUUAAUACCACUCUCAUUGCAGAGUAGUUAUAUAAACUGACAAAGAAAGCAUCCUUGAGUUUUAAGCUGUAGAGGCAUUCUCUUUUUCUGAGUUCUUGAAGCUGCAAGCUGUUUUGCACCCAAAGUAUUGCAGCAUAGAUGUCUGAAAAACUACAGAUAUCUUUUACAUGUCUUUUUUAGCAACAGGGGGUAAAGCAGAAGUAAAAUUUUACUAUGUUUCCAAAACUGGAGGCUGCAGGAGGCAGCUCAGAGUGAACCAACAUGACUUUCUGCACAGCCAUUCUGGACGAACAGAGACCUUCCUGCAGAGAAAGCAAGCUGGGACUGCAGGGAAUGAUGCUGAAGGACUAGGAAUGAGAGACAACUCAGGUUACCAGAGUUUCUCAACAAAUUUCAAAAUGAUCCUCCGCUCAGGCCGUGAAAAGCCAUACGGAGUGCCUCCUUAUCGAAGGGGACCAAUGAGAAGGAAAUUUCUGCCUAGCACCAGAUCAGCAGCUGCUGAAAACUCAGAUCUUCAACUGCGACAAACACUGAGGUGCUAUAUACAGACUGAAGAUUCAAAAACCGUGCAUUUCAACUUAGAUGAAUGGGGUCGUCAUGAAAUAUCAACUAUGGAUUCACAAGGCCCUGCAGAUACAGCAUGGUUAAGCCUGUUCACAAGCAAGGAACCAGCAGUUAGAGCAAAAACAAACUCUAAAAAUGUGGUGGUCCUCAUGCAGCGAUUAAAGUGUAAUGAAUUUGUGCUGUUGAGCAAAGGUGAAAACCAACUCUGUCUGAAGGUUUUAAAGGGAUGCUGUUCCGAGCCAGAUCAUACUACCACAGAAGAAGGCAACAGGAAAAGGUGCAACAAGGGAGGUCUUGACUUCAAAAAGCUGAAGGAAGAUAAUCACUUUUUCAUCAUGCAUUCUGAAGGAGACUCAGUGAAGUUCCAGUGCUACGAAGACAAAAAUUACUUUCUGCAUGUGAAUGAUCACUCACUUGACAUACGCAAACUGGAUCGUGAUGACCCUGAUGGGGAGAGAAACUUUGUUUUCAAGAAAAUAAUAAAUUCAGUCAGCUCUGUGAUGAGAAGUCAGAUCAACACUUCAUGGAUACUCAUCUUUCCAAGACUUACUUUGCACAUACAAAACCUGUAAACUGACAUUUUCAGCUUCCAACUAACCCGAACAAGUAACAGACAAGGGGGAAAGCAUAUAUUAGUUUUAUUUAGACAUAAAUACAAAACUAAUGCCAGUGAGUGUUUUUUAAUAAUACAGUCUCCCCACUUUGCAGUGGGGAAAAAAACCCCACAUUCAUCCAAUGUGUCUAACAUUUGAAUACAAAAUAUAAUUACUACUUUGCAGUUUAUUUUCAAAAUGAGGCAGAUAUUCUUAAACUUCUACUUUGCAGAUAUGAUAAUUAUUAAAAUAUUAAUAUAAAUAUAUCAGUUUUGUUUUUCUGCACUACAAAAGCUGUGCCUAAUAGAAAAUACUGGGUUCUGUUUGUUGGAAAAUAAUUCAGUGCAAGCAUUCUUCAUAUGUAGCUUCAUGGGCCUCUGGUACUUUGACCAUAUUUGUGACCUGUUAGAAUAAGAUUUGUAAAAGAACAUCAUUCAAUAUAAAUAAUGUCAUUCUGAUGCUAGUUAAUCCAAUGGGAGUUAAAAAAAGUGGGAAGAAGUGGUGACCAUACCUGCAUAGGAUCUAUGUGCUGAUUAAUCCAGAGACUGGAUUUCUUUUGUCCUUGGAGAAGGGAGUGGUCACUCACAGUAGAGAAAUGCUGAAGAUUGACAAGAGGAUCACUGCAUUAAAGUCUGCUUAGGAUAAACCGUUGUACAUUAAAGCAUGAGAUUGUUACCCAACAUUGCUAGGCCUGAUAUAAAUGUCUUCUAUGCACUGUGUUACAUACUAUCUUCAUUAUUGACAACUGUGGAUUAUGAACUAGAUAUCAAAAUUAGAAAUUGUUCAUCUAAUAAAUGUUUUCACAGUCGGAAUAAAAGGUAAUGACAUAGCUUGAGUGCAGUUACAACAGUACUGAAAUAUGUAAAACUUGUAAGUAAUUCAAGUUAACCAUUUUCUAUUAAAGGAACACUAUCAAAUACUAUGUACAUUUCCAUUUAUUCUGUUAAUUCUAAUUAGUAACACAAUAAAGGCAUAGACAAAGA